AUGUCGCUCUUCGACGAGGAGGAGGACGACUUUGAGAUUGAGAUGGACAAGGAAAAGUUCGAUCAAAUUAUCGUUCGAGCAGAGGAAGAGAAGAGAAAGAAGCAGAGAACGACGACGACAAACGCGUUUGAUUUUAUGAAAAAUUCUCAGCAACAACAACGACAACAACAACAACAACAAGAGGUUUUGCAGCAACAGAACUACCAGCAUCAACAUCACGCGGUGAAAAAGAUAUCCAUUUUACCCAGCGAGGGUGGUAAUAAUAACGCUGGGCGCGUUAAGUUUGAACUGUUCAUCUCGGCGCCAAUCGCUCGGAAGUUUGACAGACUCGUCGCGAAGUUUGACGCAGCGUUCGCAAGAGAAAGCGCGGAAGAGUACGAGAGAAGAGAACAGUUGGAAGAAAUUAAUAACGGCACGGUGAUGAAAAAUAUAAUCACGUGGGAUGGUAUACCUCACGGAAGGUUGGAUCUAGUCGUGUCGAGUUUGAAGCGCCAAUUUGAUAUCAACGACGCGGUGAAUAUCCUUUAUCCACACCCGUUCGUGAGACGAAGUUUGCGAAGCGCGGAUCGAAUGAUUCACGAUAAAAUGGUCGACAAUCAGUUCAAUUCUAUUCCGUUUAAAGAUAAGUUAUUUCCAUUUCAAAGCGAAGGCGUAAAAUUUGUUCUUAAGAGAGACGGUCGAGCUAUGAUUGGUGACGAAAUGGGCUUAGGGAAAAGCAUUCAAGCUUUGGGCGUCUCGAAAGUUUAUUCGAAAGAUUGGCCGUGUGUUAUAUUCUGUCCUAGUAGUUUAAAAGACACGUGGAAACACGAAAUCGAGAAAUGGCUCGGGGGAGUUGAUGGCGACGAUGGAAAAGGUGAAUGCGCAGUGAAAGUGCGCAAGAUUGAAUCCGCGAAAGAGUCUAAGGAUAUCUUGAACGAAAUGCGAAAAAAUAGCAACGGCAGCGGCAGCGCAUCGACAAAAAUCGAUUUUAUUAUCGUGCCGUAUUCCAUCUGUAAUCAGAUACAGAAGGAGUUAUUCGAGCUCGUUUUCAACGUUAUGAAAGCGAACGUGGUCGUGUGCGACGAGUCGCACUUUCUCAAAGACCGGAAAGCCAAACGAACGAUGGCUGUCGUUCCCUUUCUUAUACGCGCGAAACGAGCAAUCUGUCUUACCGGCACGCCGGCUCUGGCGAAACCAAUCGAGUUAUUUUCGCAACUGACGAGUUUGCGACCGGAUAUUUUUCCGAAAUUAUCAGAAUAUGGUCAAAGAUAUUGUUCAGGAGGGCGAUUUGGCGCCUUUAGCGGGUCGAGCGAAAGUCAAGAGUUGUUCGCCGUCGUCUCUUCUUCGGUCAUGAUUCGCAGAAAGAAGAAAGACGUGCUCACGCAGCUCCCGCCUAAACAACGGGAACAAAUUUUCUUGGAGAUACCGAAAGCGGAGAGGACUUCAAAAAUACAACCGAUCGUUCAGGCUAUGAAUGCGUUACCAGAGACGGAAACUUUAGAGCGUAAAAUGUUGAUGAACAAAUAUUACUUAAGUACUGCAGAGGCGAAGGUGAAAACUGUACAGAAUUAUCUUCAAAAUCUCCUUGAGUCUGUCGACGAGGAGAAGAAAAUUUUGUUCUUCGCGCACCACAAGUGUUUGCUACACGCCGCCGUGGAGACGAUGGAGAAGACAAAAACUAAGUUCAUUCGCAUCGAUGGCGAAACGCCGAGCGGUUUGCGUCAAGGUUUAGUGGAUUCCUUCCAAAGGUGCGACGCAAACUCACCGAAAGUGGCAGUGCUUUCGAUUAAAGCCGCCGGCGUCGGCUUGACUCUCACGCGCGCGAGUUUAGUCGUCUUUUCGGAAUAUUCGUGGACGCCGGCGGAAAUACUUCAAGCGGAAGACCGCGCGCACAGAAUUGGACAGCGAGAUUCCGUCCUGGUUCAAUUUCUUCACGCAAAAGAUAGCGUGGACGAUAUCAUAUGGCAAAGCGUUCAAAAUAAACUAGAAACGUUGGGUCAUUUUCUCGACGGUACGAAAAAAGGGAACAAGAUGGAAACGAAAAUGGAAGAUGCGGCCGAUCGAAGACAGAGUUUCGACGCCACGCAGAAAACGCUGGACGAGUUCGUCGGUCGUUAG